UGUGUACAAAAGUGAAAUGAAUCUUGUAAUAAUAAAAAGUUUCCUGUUCUGCGCUUUUCUGGGAUCUAUAGCAUGUUCAGGCAUAACUUUCAACAACACGCAGGUAACUUUGCUGAGACACAAUUCCACAGUAGCUUCCACCAAAAUUUCAUCAGAGAACCUUCUAGCCGCCAUCGAGGUAAGCCCCGCUGAAUUCGACGAGGUCAAAAUCACCGGACAUGUAGGAACAAACGAGUUCGACAUAAAGCAUCUUCACGGAGAAGUGGGAACCAUGCGGAUACUUCGCGCGAGCUCCAUGACGAAUCUGCAUUUGAAAUCAAUGGAGAUCAGCUCCACAGAUCUGGAACACAUCGAACAGGGAGCUUUCAGAAACGUAACUCGCUUGAAGAAAUUGGUGAUACGUUCAACCUUGUUGAAGGAGGUGAUACCCGGAGUUUUCAAUGACGUCCCUGUUCUGAACCUCGUGCUCGAAUCCAACGAGAUAGAGAGGGUAGCACCGGGAUCUUUCGGGAACAUGUUCAAAUUGUUGAUACUGCGGCUGAACUCGAAUAGAAUAUCAGAGUUGAAGAAAGGUCUUCUUGAAAACUUGCAGCAGCUGAGAUUGGUCGAUUUGUCCAGGAAUCGCAUAGAAAGCAUUGAAAACGGGGCUUUUAGAAAUCUUCCAAAGUUGGAAACACUCCACUUGGAAAGAAAUAGGAUUAGCUUGGUUGGAGACAAGUUUUUGGAAAAUCUUCCCAAUUUGAAAGAAGUCCACUUGUAUUAUAAUGAACUGAAAGUAAUCAAUCCAGAUUGGUUUGUGGGAUCUAAUAAUAUAAAAGCCCUGCUACUUGGCCACAAUGAAGUUCAAGAAAUCAAAAAAGGAUUCUUGGGUGGUUUUCCCAAGCUAGCAGUUUUGGACUUGGCCUUCAAUGACCUAACAAUCAUCCACGAAGAUACCUUCUCACAGUCGCAUGUCCAAGAAUUGAUUAUUUCGCACAACGAGCUGAAAAUCAUCCAGAAAUCUGCAUUUGAGAAUCUCCCCGCUCUCUCCAAACUGAAGCUGAACCACAAUUCCUUGAGUAGCCUGCCAAAAGGAUUCCUGGUGAACGUCCCAACGAAUGUAUCUGUAGAUUUACGAAAAAAUCCCAUGGGCUCGGUAGCUGAUAUAGCUGAAUUUAUACUCCAAAGUGCUACAAUGGGUGUUCAUCUGAAAAACUGCAUUUUCGUGCUAGGCGCAUUCUUAGUAACCGCAACAGCCAUGAACGUCAAAGUGAUGUUGAAAGAUGGCUGGGACGAGAAAGUCAUUGAAAACAUCUCAGGGGACAGACUGGUGAAGGCUUUGGAAGAUGAAGACCUCUCCAAGUACGACAUGAUGGUCCUAAGCGGAGACAUGCGGGAACUGACAGAAGACUUCCUCAACGAUUUGGACUUCUCCACUCUCGAAAUCCGUGACUCCAACAUGGCAACCAUCCAGCCUGGAGCAUUCGAUGACAUGAAGAACCUGAGGAGGCUCAUCAUCUCCGACACCGAAUUGAAAGAAAUCAGGAAGGGGGUAUUCAAUCACCUGAAAAUCGAGUCGCUGGAUUUAAAGAACAACAAAAUCGAGAGGAUCGAGUCUGGAGCCUUCAACGGCAUGAUGAUGCUCACCAGGAUGUCUAUGGACAACAACGAGAUGAUGAGAAUGGAGAGGGAGAUGUUCCGGAACAUGCCGAUGAUGAGGGAGCUCGACAUGGGAAGGAACAAUAUUCGGGAGGUUGAAAACGGCGCCCUUGAUUUACCGAGAUUAGAAUACCUCAAUAUGGAACAGAAUCAAAUGAGAAUGCUAAACAGGGAAAUGAUGGCUCAUUUACCGAAUUUGCAAGAGCUGAUUCUAGACAGCAACGACAUUGAGGAAAUUCCAGAUCUCUUUUUCGAAAGAGCAAGAAACCUGAGAUCACUCUCAAUGAUGUUGAACAACAUGAGAAAAAUAGAGAAAGAAACCUUCAGGGGGCUUGAGAAGUUGGAAAAGCUGCAACUCAGCGGAAAUGAAAUCUCAGAAAUCGAGGAAGGAUUUUUGGAGAGCAUGCCAAAACUGGAAAUGAUGGAUAUGAGCCACAAUGAAAUGAGAGUUAUCAAAACUGGAACUUUCAAAGAUUCGGAUACAUUGAGAAGGUUGAGCAUGGUUGGCAACAAAAUCACCACGAUCGAAGAGGGUGCGUUUUCCAAUAUGAGAGCCAUGACUGAGCUGAACAUGUCCAGAAACGAACUCACGAAAUUGGAUAGACAAAUGUUCAGGAAUGUUCCGGAAUCCAUGCGGAUUAUUCUCGGACUUCAGUCCGAACAAGAAAUGGAACUUCGCAAUCUCAAAGAGUGAUGCAAGAUCGAUAAUUUGUAUAUUAUUAAAUAAUGGACCACUAACAACUAACAUGCCAAAUAGAAUAGAUU